AUGGCUAAACAACCUCCGCCCACACCAUCCGAAUUGCUCCGGAUGGUGACUGAGUUGCGGCAAGUCGUGGCUGAGGAGAACCAAAGAAUGAUAAAUCAAAUUGCCAACUUGAAUAACACUAGAACCGAAAACAAUGACCGACAAGAACGGACAGAAGAAGCCGAGCAGCAGUCAGGGCCAACACAUGUCUCAGACACAGCCCGACAGGAAGAGGAGCAACCCGAACAUGAUGAAAAAACUCAGAAAAACAUAGAGAAUGACGAUCAAGAAAGCUCCCCCGGACCAUUCACGGCGGAGGUGAUGAACUUCGUGCUACCCCGAAGGUUUACUCUGCCGACCACCCUAACUCCCUAUGAUGGGUUAGGUGAUCCGAAGAAAUACAUCAAGAAAUUCACCUCCAUAAUGAUAGUAAACGGUGCAUCUGAUAAAGUUUUAUGUCGUUGUUUUCCAUCUUACUUAGACGGUCCUGCACUUGAUUGGUUUUGUUCUUUGCCUGCAGUCAAGCAAGGCCAGCACGAAAGCCUCAAAGACUACAUGACGCGCUUCACAAAGAUAGCCAUGAGUAUACCCGACCUCCACCCCGAGGUGGAACUACACGCCAUAAAAAGCGGAUUACGACCUGGAAAAUUCCAGGAAACUAUUGCUGUGGCCAAACAAAAAACUAUGGCCGAGUUCCGUGAAAAAGCUAAAGGACAGAUCGACAUCGAAGAACUCCGACAAGCUCGGAAAGUAGAAAAGCCUCACCAUAGAGACGACGACAAAACACGGGACAGCAAGAAGAAUUUCAAACCAAUUCCACGAUAUGAGACUUACACCAAAUUCAACACCAAGCGCGAUGAUAUCAACAAGGAGAUCUUGAAUUCGAAAUUAAUCAAGCCACCAAGAAAAGUUGGCAAUUACCCAGAUUCAAAAGGCACUGACCGAUCAAAAUACUACUCCUUCCACCAGAAGCACGGACACAAUACCGACGACUGUAUCAUCGCCAAAGACCUACUGGAGCGACUAGCUCGGCAGCGUCACCUCGACAAAUACAUCAGUGGCCACAUGCAGCGGCAAGCACCUACUUCAGGAGACCAAAGCUCGGUUACACAACAUGGCCAAGAUAGAGACCGACUGAACAGUAGCCAUCCUGAACUACCAACACGUACAAUUAAUUGUAUUUCCGAAGGUUUUGCAGGUGGCGGAGCCACAAGCUCGGCAAGAAAAAGAUCUUACCGAGCUAUACUUUCCAUCAACGCCGAUCAAAGUCAACAGCAGCCGCUGCCAACAUCUCCACAGAUAACAUUCCAGACAGCCGAUCAUGAUAAUAGCGUAGUAAAUCUGGAUGAUCCCGUCGUAAUCUCCCUACAGCUCGGAGAUCUCCUGGUUAAAAAGGUGUUGCUCGACCCAGGCAGCAGCGCUGACGUUCUCUUCUACUCAACAUUCCAGAAAAUGAAACUAAGCAGUAAUGUCAUCCAACCUUCUACUGGUGACUUGGUAGGAUUCUCAGGUGAGCGAGUCCCGGUUAUGGGCUCUGUGUGGUUACAAAUCACACUCGGUAAGUUUCCCUCGUCAAAAACUUUAGACAUUCAAUACUUGGACAACACAAUUGCAACCAUUCACAGCGAUGCCCGAGAAGCCAGGGAAUGCUACAACAAUAGUCUCAAAAGACCUAACCGUAACACAAAAGCCCAGGUUCUCAAUAUCGAUAACAUGAACGACCAACACAUGCUGGCCGACCUUGAUCCUAGAGCAGGAACACUAGAAAGACCAACCCCCAACAGAAGACCUCGAUAA